AUGGAUGUCUUCAUGAAAGGUCUCUCUAAAGCUAAAGAAGGAGUUGUGGCAGCUGCAGAAAAAACCAAGCAGGGUGUGGCGGAAGCAGCAGGAAAGACAAAAGAGGGCGUCCUUUACGUGGGUUCCAAGACAAAAGAAGGUGUUGUACAUGGAGUUACAACAGUGGCUGAGAAAACCAAAGAACAAGUUUCUCAUGUGGGUGGAGCAGUAGUAGAGGGUGCUGGAAACAUUGCUGCUGCAACAGGACUGGUGAAAAAGGAUCAGUUUGGGUAA